GCUGGAACUCCUCCACGUGGUGCAAGGCUGUGGCGCUGGCGUCCAUUUUGAACGGCUGGCCAGCCAUUGUGACCAGCUUCUCCGCGCAGCUCGUCGCCUCGGUGCUGGUGGUCGCAGGCAAGCUCCCGCUGAUUGACGUGGCCCAUUUAUCUGCCAACGAGCCAAGGUUUAGUAUGUGGGUCUUGCUGGCUGGCACUUUGACGUUCUGGUCCUGCCUUUACAACUUUUCGGAGCUCCGGGCUCGACUGGGCUGCCGAUUGAAGUACGCCUUCUACGAUUCUGCCUGCAUCGACCAGUCGAAUGAGGAGGCGAAGAUGAAAGGUAUCAGCCAGAUCACCGCAUACCUUUGGCAUUCCAACAAGCUGCUGAUCUUGCUGUCGAACAACUACUUCCAGCGCAUCUGGACCGUCUUUGAGCUUGCAGCCUUCCUGGCAUUGAAGCCGUACUCUCCGGUUCUCGUAGAGUCUCUUGACCUUGCCGGGGUGACGGCCUCUGCAUCGCUGGCGGGGCUGUUUUUCCGCCCCUGUUGGAGGGCGCCUGGGCCAAUGGCGAAUGGCAGCCAGCACACCUCUGGUUCCCAGAGCGGGGCCAAGUCUUAG